AUGACCAUGCCAACAGUCAAACCGGAGGCAACUUGUCAGUUUUUUGGCUAUUCCAAAAUUACCCCUGGGCUCAACCCUAUCCUCUCCUCCCCCUCUUCUCCCGCACGCACACACCAGGAGCAUGGCGGCGCGAGGAACCAGCCGGCGCCGGCGCCGCCCUGCAGCUCCUCCCUCCCUCUGAUCGACCCUCUCCGCCACCCAUCCCCAGCUCCCUCCGUGCGCCGCCCUCCUCCUCCUCCUCCCUGGGUUCGUGGCUGGGUAGCCCAACGCCCUCACUCCCGCUCGUCGGCGCCUGGCUGGUCGCCCGACGCAUCGGCUCCGGCGCCAGCCAGCCCAACGGCGCAGCUCCGGUCAGAGGGAUCCGCCCCAGCUCGUCCCGGAUCAGUUCGGCGGCCUCCUCUGCUCCAUUGCAACCUGACCCAGCUCGUCCAUCUGCUCGAGUUCUUCCCGGAUCAGCCCGACGGCGGCGCUCCAUUGCUUGGCACCGACCGGACCAGCUCGCGGCCUCCCCUGCAACCUCGCCUUCGAGUGGCUCCUCUGCCUCCAACCCUCCAGUACAUCUCCAGCGGCAAAAGAGUUGAUUCAAUGGGCGAUUUCAAAGUAGAAAUAGAUGUUCGGUCCUAUUUGAUGAUUGUAGACGGCAAAAGAGUUUACAGAAGGGGCAAAACAUGGGAUUUCAUGGUCGGUCGGGACUUGUCUGUGGCGCGGAUAAAGGAGGUUGUGGAGGAGAAGUUCAAGUGGUCUCCUGAUCAGAGAAUGACCAUUUGGUAUGGAACAGGAUAUAACACCAUCCCAUUGAUCUCUGAAUCAGAGAUAGCUGAAUUGUUUGAUAGGUGUUCUAACACAAAAAUAGUGAGGUUUGGUGUGACCAUUGAGAACAAACAGCAACACAAGGAACAAGAUCCUGUCAUGGCCGAGGAUAUGGAUGAUCAACCUAUUCAUGCUCCAUUCUUUGCUUGGUCGAAGCAAGCCUAUAAAGGCGAGUAUGAGGAUGAUGAGCCUGUAGGAUGCGGUGAGGAGAACACCUAUUUGCAUGAGAAUGCAGAGUCAAAGGGGAAUGCAGAGUCAAAGGAGAAAAAUGUCGAGCCAAAGGCUGCAAGAGUACCAUUGGGAACACUAGAUGUUGACAACUCUUAUGAUCCACAUCGUGUGCGAGGGGAUGAUGAGACAUUACUCGCAAACAAUGUGGCUCCUACUUAUCUCCACGAUAAAAAGAAUCCUCGAAUUGAAGUAGGAGCCACAUUUCCUAACUCCAAAGCAUUUAGAGUUGCAUUGAGACAACUAGCAAUUAGAGAAGAUUGGUCUUUUGACACGCAGUAUAGUGACACUAAAAGAUUCAGGGCUAGUUGCACCGAUGAGGAUUGUCCAUGGAGGAUACAUGCCUCCAAGUUACCGAACACUAACACUUUCAUGGUAAAGAAACUUCCCUUUGAACAUAUUUGUGGGAGCAAAAACUGCAGCAAAGGAAUGGCAAAUAGAGAUUGGCUCGCUGAUAAAGGGGAGGCUGCACUUGAGGAGAAUGCCACGGUGAGUGCAAAACAGCUAAAAGAACGCUUGCAAAGGGAGUAUGAUAUUAAGCUUCAAUACACCGAUGUUUGGAAAGGGAGAGCUCGUGCAAAAGGAUCAAUUAGAAGGUACAUAUGAAGAGAAUUUUCAGUUGUUGUGGAACUUUAGAGCUGAAUUGUUGGCAGCCAAUCCUGGAAGUAUAUUUGAGAUAGACGUAAAAACAACUACCAAUAAUAAGGGUGAAAUUGUGCAUGUUUUCAAUAGGUUGUUCAUUGCCUUCAAGCCAUGCAUUGAUGGGUUUUUGGCAGGGUGUAGACCAUAUUUGGGGGUUGACGCAACUUUUCUUUGUGGGAAAUACACUGGCCAAUUGGCAGCCGCAAUUGGUGUAGAUGGGCAUAGUUGGAUGUUUCCGGUAGCAUUUGGAAUAUUUGAGAAAGAGAAUACAGAAAAUUGGGUAUGGUUCAUGGAGCAAUUGAAAUUGGCUAUUGGAGAACCACAAGGGCUUGCAAUCCAUACCGAUGCAUGCAAGGGGUUGGAGAAUGCCAUUUCCAAGGUAUACCCAAAUUGUGAACAUAGAGAAUGCAUGAUGCAUCUAAUGCUCAACUUCAAGGAAAAGUUCAAAGGUGACAUACUAGAUAAUAUGUGGCCUGCAGCUUGGACAUAUGAAGUAGAGAAGCAUGAUUCACUAAUGGCAGAAAUACAAGCACAAAGCGUCGAAGCAAUAGCCUAUUUGAACAUGCAUCACAACCGUGUGUGGACAAGAAGCAAAUUUUCAGCAAUGAUAAAAGUUGAGUAUGUUAGCAAUAAUUUGGCAGGGGUUUUCAACAAUUGGAUUAAGGAUGUGAAGCAACUUGCACUUGUUGAGCUUUUGGACAACCUUAGAGAAAUGAUAAUUAUAUUGUUCGAGAAAAGGAGAGCCGUUGGUGAAGCGCUGCUAGGUUACAUACUACCUAGUGUGAUAAAGGAGUUGAAUCUGAAAAGUAAGGGGCUGCAUUAUUUGGAAGCAAGAGCUUCGCCAAAUAUAGCUGAGAUUUCAGGAAAUGGAUGGAGGCACAUCGUUAACUUGAAGAAAAACGAGUGCUCUUGUAGAAGAUGGCAGAUUUGUCGUAAACCUUGCACACAUGCUCUUUGGUUCAUCUUCUCCAAAAAAGCCAAGCUAGAGGAUUAUGUUGCAGAGUGCUUCUCAGUGGCAAGGUUCCAAGCGGCAUAUGCUGGAGUUCUCAUGCCAAUUAGGGGCAGAUCCCAAUGGCCCAAGGUAAAUCCCGGAUUUGAUAUGAUCCCUCCCAAACUUACCAAGAGUGCUGGACGUCCAAGAACUAGGAUGAUAAAGAAUUACACCGAAGGUGGAACCGGUAGAAGACACAAAUGCAAAAGAUGUGGAGCAAUAGGCCAUCUCCGAAAGACAUGCAAGGAGCCUGAGAUGGAAAGUGACGCGGAUCAAGAUGCUACUCCUCCUCCGCGGAAAAAGUCAAAGGUUGAAGCAAGCAUUGCGGCUACUUCUCCUAAGACACCAACUAAGCACAGUACUCAACUUGAUACUCCUACGAGUCCGAUGACAAGGCAGAGGGCAACAGCUAUUGCAAUUGCUUGUACACCUCCUAGUGGAUCUACAAGGAGUAAAAUUGCUGCUCCUAGCCCUCUACGACGAGUUUAGUGCAUUUGGUUGGGAGAAUCAUCAUCUUUUGCUUAUGGUUGUGAGAACCAUGAUCUUUUGUUUGAAGAAAUAGUGGUCUGAACCAUUAUGUGUUGAUGCUAGCUUCUUUUGAACCAUUAUGUAUCGUUGUUGAUGUUAUCUUAUUUCGAACCAUUAUGUAUCAUUGUUAAUUUGUUGCUAUAUUGAUGUUCAAUGAUGCAAACUGAGAUUAUGCUGAAUUGGUGAUGUUUU